UGCAGGACCCAUGUGCUCCAUGACCCAUAUUUUGUGUUUGUGUGCGUGACGUCACGGAGUCAGCUGGCGAAUGUUUACAUCCAGCGCUGCUCGCCGUGAACGUUUAUGGGAAGAAACCGAGAGAUAGAAACAACAAGAGACAGUUAACCGAAUGGACAGCCUCAACGGACCAUAAUCAGGGUGUUUCAGGGUGCCAGACGAUUCAGCUCGGUCGACUGUGAAGUCGUCGGGGUGUUUCCCGUGACGAGUUUACCCAAAACACCUCCAUCCCGAUUUUUCCUGUCUUUGUCUUCAUUUACGUCUACUUGUUGCAGAGCUAAAAUGGGAGGUGCAGUCAGUGCUGGGGAGGACAAUGACGAGUUAAUUGACAACCUGAAGGAGGCCCAGUACAUUCGCUCAGAUCUAGUUGAACAUGCCUUCAGGGCCAUUGAUCGUGCUGACUACUAUCUGGAAGAAUUCCGUGACAGUGCCUACAAGGAUCUGGCCUGGAGACACGGCAACAUCCACCUCUCUGCGCCCUGUAUCUACUCUGAGGUGAUGGAGGCUUUAGACCUGCAGCCUGGCUUGUCCUUUCUUAACCUGGGCAGUGGCACAGGCUACCUCAGCACCAUGGUGGGACUUACACUGGGAGCAUUUGGUGUGAAUCAUGGUGUGGAAUUACAUGAAGAUGUUAUAGAAUAUGCUUAUCAGAAGCUGGACUUCUUCAUCAAGACAAAUGAUAGUUUUGACAGGUUUGAGUUCUGUGAGCCUUCCUUUGUGGUGGGUAACUGUCUGGAGAUUGCCCCAGAAAGCAGGCAGUAUGACAGGGUUUACUGUGGCGCAGGGGUCCAGAGAGAACAUGAAGACUACAUGAAGAAGCUGUUGAAGGUUGGGGGCAUCUUAGUACUGCCUCUGGAAGAAAAGCUCACUAAAAUUACCCGGACAGGAUAUAACACAUGGGAGACGAGAAAGAUAAUUGCUGUGUCCUUCGCACCACUUGUGCUCCCUAAACACAGAGAAAAUGGCAAACUGAGAGCAGUGUCUCUACCUGCCAUGUUCGAGGUGCGGAGUCUUCAGGAUCUGGCCCGCAUCUCCAUCCGUCACAUUCUCAAGAAAUCCGGGUCUGGAUCCUUGCCGCUACCACGGAGAACUGGAUUGAAGCGAAGAAAUCCCCUUAAACAGAGACGAGAGCAUCGUGACACCCCUCUUCUGACCAAUAGUUAUUUGUUCAUGAGUCGCUUGAUUCCCGGACCCAUGGACAACAACAACAACCAGUCAUCCACAGACAAUGAGGAUGAAGAUGAAGACUGCAGAAGAGUUUGUGAACAACUUGAAGAGAAUGAGAGAAGGAAUGAGGGCAGUGUUUUGGUGAUAGAGACUCCAGUAAACCUCUUAAGAGAGAGGAUCCUAAGCCUGCCUUUGCCAGAGCCUCUCAAGAUGUAUCUUCUUUACUACAGAGAGAAGUAGAUUUCUCCUUCCAGUGAAUAGUCUAUUCUAAACUACUCGCAUCUACCUAGCACUGUCACAUCAAGAAUUCUCUUUUUGCAUUAUCCUGAUAACCUUUCUCAUAGAAUUUCACCACUCUUUGUUCUGCCAAGUCAGGUGGCAGAGAUACUUAAUUUUAUUUAUCUAUAAAGGAAAAUUCCCAAUGCUGGAUCUGGAUUCAUGGUCUAGAAUGCUAACCAUUAAUCAUGGAAUCAAGAAACAGUGAAAACUGAUUUAUUAAUCUACGUUUCAUGUUAUUUGUGCAGUGACAUUUUCAAAUGGACAUUAGUGGCUAACAGUUUAAUAAAUCAUAAAUGCACUGUAUUCUCUUGUUUUGUGAGUUAUGUAACAUCUAGUUUCAGCUCUUAGGUUUACUAUGAAAAGUGAAAAUCAAAAUAUUCUUCUGGUGAAUGGAUUUGUAAAAAAAAAAAAAAAAAGUCUAAUUGUGUGCUGAAUUACACUUAUAUUGUGUGAAAAUACAGUGGCACGUUUAAAAAUGUGAUCGUCCAACAUAAUCAGUGUCGUACAAUUUCAGGGAUUUUAAGAUGAAAAACUAUUUGAAAUAGUCUUGGGUUUGUACUGUUUUCAGGGCCUUUGCAUUUGCUUUUUGCUAUAUAGAAGUAUAAAAGGUAUAGUCUAUAGUUGUGUAACAAGUUAUAAAAUGGUGCUCUGAAUUGUGGUAAUGCUCUGAUGUGCACUUUGUCCAGUGAUGUAGAAUGCACUAAUUGAAAAAAAAAAAAAAAAG